AUGAACUCCCGAUCUGCGUCUCAUCAUCAUUCCUUACAGUCAAAUACACAGGCAUCAAACCAAGUUCCCGGAGCUGUAGGUGUCCAGAAACGGGUCUUUACCAAGGAAGAAUGGGAUGCUCGACUGGCGGAAAUCCAUGUUGAUCGUGAAGACUUGAACAAACUGAUCAUGAACUAUCUGAUCAUUGAAGGAUACAAAGAUGCGGCAGAGAAAUUUAGCCAGGAAAGUGGUGCUAAACCGCCUGUCAAUUUGGAGUCCAUCCAGGACCGCAUGAUUGUUCGAACAGCUAUUCAGCGUGGCAACAUUGAAGAGGCGAUCGAGCGAGUCAAUGAUCUUAAUCCGGAGAUUUUAGACACAAACCCGAAACUGUAUUUUCACUUACAACAGCAACGUCUGAUCGAACUUAUUCGUGAGGGGCGGGUCAUGGAAGCACUUGAGUUUGCUCAAGAGGAGCUAGCGCCACGUGGGGAAGAAAAUCCAGAGUUUUUGGCUGAGCUAGAGAAAACCAUGUCACUAUUGGCGUUCGAGCUGAAUGGACCCUCGCCUGUAAGCGACCUUCUCACACCUGCCCAGAGACAGAAGCUUGCUUCAGAGCUCAAUGCAGCAUUACUGCUCUCGCAGUCACAAGAGAAAGAUCCCAAGCUGCCUGCUCUGCUGAAGAUGUGCUGGUAUGCACAGCAACAGCUGGAUGAGAGGUACACAUAUCCAAAGAUCAAAGACAUUGCCAAAGCAGAGCUCGUGCUCGAACACCCUGCGACUAGUUCUGGAUCAUCUUCUUCAGGCGCAGUUGCUGGUGUAUAG